AGUGGCGGUUCAGGUUCAAGAUGACAGAAGCAAAGUCCAUCAUUUUUCGGAUAUAAAUAGUGGAGGAAUAACGAAUAGCUUUCGAGUUGGGCACAAUCAUGUUUGUCCUUGCUCUCACGUUCGCAGCUUUAGCUGCAUCUGCAGCCGCUACUGGUUACAUCGAAGGCCGCGAAUAUGUAUAUAGAUACGAAGGUCAGAUUUAUACUGGAUACCCACGGAUAAAGCCUCAGUACAGCGGUUACGCUUUCCGGGCUAAUGUGAUCGUUCAACCCCAUGGCGAGUAUGCUAUCCUCAAAGUGGAUGAUGCUCAAAAGGCUCAGUUCAAUGGUGAAUUUGAAGACGUCGCUGACUAUGAUCACCAGUACACAGGACUUCCGCCUCAUGCGGAGUUCCUCACUAGGCCUUUCAAGGUGUACAGGAAACAUGGAAUUGUUACUAAUUUCGAAGUAUCAAGAGAUGAACCCGCCUUUUCUGUCAACUUGAAAAGAGGUCUCGCCGCACUCUUCAACCUCAACUUCGACCAUGCUGAAUCCGAACCAUCCACAGAGGAUAAUGAUAUUCAGAAACCAGAUCCGGACGCACAUUACUACAAGGUUUAUGAGAAUGGCGUUCUGGGCGAAUGCGAGACAGCAUACGUGAUUGAGCACCACCCCUACUACCGAACUCCACACAACAACAUCGUUCUAAAUGUCACCAAAGUUCGAAACUACCACAAAUGCAACUCAAGACCAAACCAAGUUUACUCAGUCUUCCAUGGACAUGAAUGCGGGCAUGCUGAACAUGAGAAAUCGCACACUCUUCAUGGUAACGCUCAUUAUCACUACGAUAUUCGUGGCUACCGUCACCAUUACGUUAUUGAGAAGGUUCGAACUGAAGGAGAAGCUGCUUACACUCCGUAUCCUCUUGAGGGACAGACUGUUGCCACUUUCAUCAACCGAACUUUGGAACUCGUCGCCGAACGUGAGGUGACAAAUCCUCUUGAAUUUAGUGAUGAUGUUGUAAGGUACGACUCUCUUGUCUACGACUUCGACUUCCAACGAGAUUUUUCAGACCCUGUAGAUCUCAAGAAGCCUCACUACAUCUACCAUAUUACUGGAAGGAAGGUGCCUAUUAGCGAGAUCCGUAAUCAAGUGGAGGAGUUGGUUCAAGUGUACAAUGAUGAAACAUAUCAAGAGAAAAUUAAAGAGAAGAAUUUCCCUGCUAAAUUCGUUGAACUUCUCAGGUCUGUUGCUACUCUUGGUUAUGAUGAAAUAGACGACCUCUACAAGGAAUACGCUGAUAUUCCCAAGAAUGGUGCUACUCCAGAACAGAAAAGAUAUAGAAACCUUUUCGUCGAUACUCUAGUCAACCUGGGAACUAAUCCAGCCGUUCUUUAUGGAAAAGAUUUGGUGGAAAGCAAACGUUUCAGACCUCAGGAAUCUCUGUAUUACCUCCAGCAGCUUCCCUUCCACGUCAAGGAAGUGAGCGAAGUUUUGCUCGACAAAGUUCAGGAACUCUGCGAAAAUGAAAAUGUCAAGAAGCACUUCCCUCUUCACGCGGCUUGCGUAUUCUCACUGUCUAAUAUCGUAUUCGAUCACUGUGUCGCUCACAAGCACCCAGAAGGUCAUAUGCCAAAGGACAAGACAGAUUGCCCUCAUGAAGCAGCUGUCAAAUAUUUCCAUUACAUUGCCAGAAACUAUGAGCAAGCAGAAGAUGAGAAACUGCGAAGUGUUUACGUAAAGGCUGCAGGAAACAUUGGAGUAAAAGAGAUUGUACCGUACCUCAGACCUUACAUCGAAGGCAGCGGACACCGCCAUGUUUUCUACAGAGCAAAUGCCAUCUGGGCUCUCAGAAAUGUUGGACACAGAUAUCCGGAAAAAGUUAGAGAACUUUUGGUGCCUCUGCUUUUCAAUCAAACCGAGAACUACCAACUGAGACUGGACGCUUUCAUUUUGCUGAUGCACUUCCGUCCUCAGUUAUAUGAAGUCGAAGGUCUGGCACGCGCCUUGAAACAUGAUACCGAUGAUCAAGUUAGAGCCUACAUCUACCAUUACUUCAAACACGUGGCCAAUUCUACGCAUCCUUGCGACAGGAAAGCUUCUAAGGAUGCACAUUAUGCUCUCAGAAUUUUGGAAGAAGUCCACCACGAAUUCGAACACUAUGAUUAUACCUAUUCCUCAGUACACUAUGUUGGCGGAUAUGACCACGAUUAUGAUUUUGGUGGAUCUACAGCUUUUGCCUAUUUUGCUAGUGACACAGGCUACAUACCGAGAGGUGCCUAUUUGGGAUUAGAAGAUUUCCUGGGCGGAAAAUCUUUCUAUACUGUGGGCCUUGGCUACUCACAAUAUGGAUUGGAAAAAUUCUUCGAUAAAUUGUUUGGACCCGAGGGAACAUUUGGUCGAAGAUCUGUGUUCGAUUUGUUCAAAAAACGCGGAAAGAGAGACGUCAGUGGAGUGGAAAAAGAAUUGAACGAAAUUAAAGCCAAAUUGAACCUUCCUGUAGCAGAGUAUGAAAAAAUCAUCGGUGAAUUCUUCUUCAAUUACAUGGGCAAUCAGGUGUGGUUCUUCCAGUUUGACGACAAAACUUUCGAAGAUUUCUUCAAAGAAGGUCGCUUCUCCAUUCCAAACCUCCCUGCAUACUACCAAAGGAUUCCAGAAUUCUAUUACCAACGUUUCAUGCUCAGUGUAGAUAAGUACUACGUCAUUCCUAGUGAAUCUGGCAUCCCAGUCGUAUUCGAUUAUAAGCAGCCAAUCUACUACUUCCACAAGAACAAAGAAUCCAGUUUCAAAGUCGAACCUGGUUUCUUCGCAGAAGAAAGAGGUGGAAAGUUCCCUGAUAAUGUCAAAUUUGAAAUUGAUGGACACCUUGUAGUGGACAAAAACCUCUUCGCCUAUAUGGGAGUUGUGAUACCCUUCGAUCAAGUCAUCUUUGGUGCUGGAAUUAACCGCCGGGCAACUCUUUCUCUUCCCCUGAAACUGAAACUUGACUUAAUAGUUAAAGAGAAGAAACUGAAGACCUCUUGGACACCAGUCGCACCCCACGAAAUUUACCAUUUCAAAUAUGAACCAUAUACUUUCGUGGAUUCUUAUGCAAACAGUGUUCCUCAAUCUCUCGAGCCAUCAUACUUACCAGUCCACCGAGUGCACAGGCAUGAGCACUUCAGUCGUUUAUUCCAUGAUGCUUUGGGAGUCGGUUUCGACAUAAGAAGUGAUUACGAGAAUGAAUUCAACGACAAGGGAUCUUGGCUAGAUUUCUUAGUUGAGAAGGACUACCGCGAAACUUUCUACUACCUAUACGCCAACCCCAAAUUUGAGCCUUACAACAUAGAUGUUGGAUUUACCUACGCAGACAGUGAUGCGACAAAAGAGGUUCACACGGAAUUUACUUACAAAUUCUAUGACGGAGCAUACACAAUCAAACAUUUCAGAGAAGCUGGGUUCGAGGAUUAUGAAAAGCAACAUGGAGAAAGAGGUCCUUUAUACACUAACGCGCUGGAAGCUGAAGUAACAGCACGUGGUGACAAAGAAAGAAAGAUUCGAGGAGAGCUGACAUGGACCAGAGAUCUUUUCAGAACUUACCAUAAAGUAAAUGUUUACUAUGACAGAACACCAUUUUCGCACAAAGAGACAGAGAACUUGAAGGUCUGUGCUAGCAGUUACUUGAGGUAUCCCAAAUACGAUCUCGUGAAGUUAGCUACACUGGACACUUUGGACGUCGACCACACGGUGGAAAGCGAACUGAAAGUACACUUUGGAAAAGACUGCACUGCUGAUCAGAAGAUAAAAGUACAAGGACGUUUUGAAGAAACCGAAGAACAGCACGAAUUCGAACGAAGACGUGAAGAACCAGAUACUCCUGAGCAUUACAAUGAAUAUGCCUAUUAUUACAAAGAGUGCCAAAAGGAAAGAGAACGAGGCAUCAACUACGGAGAAUAUUGCAUGAGUUACAUAGACCUUGCCACCACUGUUCACAAAUACAGCUUCCACGCCAAAUACGAAAAUUUGAGCCCAUCAUUCUUGAACUUCACAUACAAAGCGGGCGGGUUAUUCAGGCACGUGCUGUAUAACCACGCCGACCACAAUGUCAUCGAUGUACAUAACCCAGAUGAUGAAUUCCACUUCGAAGCCAACUUCUCUUCUAAGCUUCCUGUUGCUGACAUCCGUGUCCUGAAGCCAAGGUCUGUCAGCCACUACUACAAUGUCUACGUCCCUUACUACACAGGAUUCAGAUCAUACCCAAUAUUUGAAGACGCGCACGUGAAAAAUUCCUUUAGUGAUGUUUACUGCAAAAUUGAAGGGGAUAAUGUGUUCACUUUUGAUCGUUAUGAGUAUGAACUGCCACCAAUCGAUUGCUACAAAGUGAUUGCCAAGGACUGCUCUCCGAACGAGCAUUUCACUGUCUUAGCAACUAAGAUCAACCAUCCGAAAUACCAUAAGGCUGUGAAAGUUUUCAUUGGGAAACACAAGGUGGAAGCCCUUCCAGUUUCUGAAGAAUCAGAUAUAAUCGUUAGAGUAGAUGGUAAGCGAGUGGCUGUGGCCAACAACGAGCCUUAUUUGCAUCGCGAAGGAGAUAGUGAAGAACCUUUGUUCUAUGUGUCCUUCAGGGACUUCUACUAUGCUUUGCACUCAGAGAAAUACGGACUCAUAGUAGAAUAUGACGGUCAUGGUGUUUUCGUCCAGGUCUCACCAUACUACAGAGCAAAACUGUGCGGUUUGUGCGGCAACUACAACGGACAGAAAUAUGAUGGAUAUACCACUAAGGAAGGCUGCUAUUUUGAGGAUGAACGUGCAUACGCUUACUCUUAUGCCAUUCCUUCCGAAACUUGCACAGUGCCUCACUUUGAACCAAAAUGCCCUCAUGAAGGUGGUUUUGGAUGCACCAUAUUGCAUACCAAGGUUCUGCAAUUAACUACCGGUAAAGUUCCUCAGACUUGCUUUUCCAUUGAGCCCAUCGCAGAGUGUGCUGCCCACUGUCAACCACGAGGUACCGUGACUCGCAAAUUAUCUUUCCACUGCUUGCCUGCCAAGGACGACUCCACAAAAGACUUGUUAAGGCAACAGCAAUCUCGUGUCCUUUACGAAGUUAGAAGGAAGAGCGUUGACCAUGAAACCGAAGUCGAAGUACCUGAUGGCUGUUAUAAGGAAUAAACUUUCUCCUUCCAGAAACAGGACACGGAUAGUACGAGAGGCAACGGACAUAUUUUUUCAACUAAAUAGUCAUACAUUAGCGAGUAUGAAAGCAUAAACGUUUCAAGAACUGUCUCUAUAUUAAUCUAAUAAAUCAGAGCAGCCUUUAAACCAUUUAAAUUAGAGAACUCAGAAUUGAUUUUCAUAUUAGAGACCUUGAAAGGCAGCUGUCCAAUGUCUUUGAUUGAAUUGUUAUCAUCUAGGAAAAUAUCUCUUAAUUUUUAAGGUAGAAAAGGAACAGUGGCCAUAUUCAUUAAACUUAUAUGACAAAAAAUAUUUUGAACAAAAUAAUACUUGUAUUAUAUUUGAUUUAGUUUUGUAAUGUGCAUAAGAGUUCUUGAUUUUCUUCUGCUGAGCUAUGUUACGCAUCACUGUUUCUGUGGGUAAAUACCACAUAAUUGUUACAAAAUAUCUCAAAGAAAUCAAGUUUGUCUUUCUUUCCUCUCCCCUUCGAGUUCCGUGUCCUCGUUUAAGGAGAACAGAGCUUAAAAUUUAAAGAGCUUCAUUACUAGAAGCAAUGUAUUUGCAAAUGUAUGUUCUAAUGAACUGUUUCAGUGUAUUUGUGUUUUGUUCGAUAAACCAUGUUUUGUAUGCCAGCUAAAAAUGUGCAUAAAAAUAAAUUGGAGUUCUUUCAAAGCAAAA